GAAUACCAUCCGGCCGACUUCACGGAAACCUUUGGGCUCAAAGUGGGUGCUUUUAAAUGAUCUGCAUAGCCAUAGAAGAUAGGCGAGUGGGCGUGGAAGGCGUGACACCACCCAUGGAGGUAAACUAAGUUCAUAUUAUAGCAAGUAGUUUGAUACACAGCAAUACUACCCAAGCUGCAGUUAAAAGCAGUACAAAUUCUUAUUUGUGAGUGAAGAUAGUCCGCUGCGCUAAGAUGACAGCACCAUCCAAUCUGUCCAAUGUAGUGACCCUGAUUGAGGAGGGACAAUCAACCCAAGCCAUACAAGAGAUGUCUGGCUGCUUGGAGGACCAGUCCACUGCCAGGAAGCUGUCCCAAUAUGGCCAGAAGAUUACAGAGAUUCAUAGGAUAGAGACAGAACAGAAAGAGUCCUUAGGAGAAAUCAUCCAAGGAUACUUGUCACUGAAAGAUGAAAGGGAAGCAAGUGUGGUAAACGACCAAACCAGCGACGCCUACAAUGCAGAGCUGGCCGAGGCUCAGAUUGCAAAGUCAAAAUGUGAUGAGAAAUUAUCUUCUUUCCGGCAAGAAGUACAAGCAGCCCAGAGGGAUUUGGAUGAUCUGGCUGACUUAGUGAAAUCUCUUCAGUGCCAUCAGGCUUCAGUGAAGGAGCAGACAACAGAAGUGCUCCCUAAGACAAGAUAUAAUGUGAGUCUGUACCGGUCUGCAACAAAGCUCACCUGGGAUUACAACAGCCAACCUGAAGACAUCAAAGGAUAUAUUUCGACAUCAAAAGACGUCAAGCCAUUCUCCCUGGAUAGCCGCCAGAAUUCAAAGUUCUUCAUCAUCAACUACUUGUGGGAUCUUAUCGAGUCGGUCUCUAAAUGAAAAGAGGUCAAUCAAUUUUGUAGACAGACAUUUAAUGUUUGAAACAUUUUUAUUGUAAAUAGACAGGCAUUUUGAAUCACACUCUGGUGGAUUCUAACCAACACUCCGGUGGAUUACAACGCAUUCUCUGAUGGAUGGUAAACGUGGUCCAGUGGUUAGACUGCAGGACUUGCAAUCACAAGUUUGUUGGUUCGAAGUCCACCAAGCUAACCACUGAUUUCACAGUGACUAGAAUAAGUCUUAUCGUCUAGUUACUGAAUCACAAUUUCUUGAUAUGUGAAGAUUCAUAAUUAUAGACAUUUAAACCAAUGUUUGUAUGAGAGAUGUUGGCUGUUGCCAGCUUGGCGUGUAUAAUAACCCCUUGUGGGAGUUUGCCGAGUGCCCUUGAUGGGAAAGUCAUCUAAACAAACAAACCCGAACUAACAAACCAACACUUUGAUCUCAACCACACAGCCAUGACAUCCUACUUCCCCCCUCCCCUGGUAAAAACAAUUUCUAUACUAUAAUCUCAAAGAGCUGUCAUGGGUUUGUCAAAAUAUGCAUGCUUAAUUUUUGAUUUAGUUUUUUUUAACCCAAUGUAAACUAAAUCAAACUUGUAUAAAAUGUAAAUAUACAUUAUGAAAUAUGUUUCUGUACAAAUGGAAAAUAGUGUGUUGAUGUAUCCUAACAUUGGGGGUGGGGGUACCGUACACAGUAUACUGAAAAAGCCUGACAUAAAGCUCCUGCGAUAUAAUAGUACAAAAUAAUAACAUAAUAUCAAAGUCUUAUAUAGCGCACGUAUCUACCACCAAGAAACUCAAGGCGCGUAGUAUAUGCAUUUAUACAGAAAGAUGGGUUAUUGGAGUUAUAAAUUCUGAGACCCAAUUAUUUAACACCUUAUAAGGGUUUA